AUGUGCGUCAAUUCGAGAUUCGCACAAAGCCUUCGCGGCCUGCGCAACUCGACUGCUUUCCACCCGACCACUCUCUUCACAAAGCCACGAAGGGACAGCGUCGCCGACGACGACACCGACGACUUCCAGAGGAUCAGCAGAGACGACUUCACCAGUUCUAUCAGUAGCGCGCUUCCGGCCAGCGGUAGUUCCAGCACCGUCGACCAUCAUCGCGCUUCUCCUCCGCCAUCACCCCCGCACACCGUCUUCUCCAGGCUCGCCAACGUCUCCCGCCUCUCGCUGCACCCGUUGCUUCCAGGAAAACCACGAAGGCGCGCCAAGCUUCCAUUUCUCUCGCGGAGUUCAGCGCAGGACGAGCAGGACGAUCCCGAAUUCGUUGCAGAUCUCGUAGCGGAAUUUCCAGCGCCUCCGACUUUCAUCCCGACCCCAGUCUCCUCGACAUUCAGUACCAUCCCGCCGCCGCCAGCAAGCGUUCCGUUUGAGACCUCGUCGCCCACUGUAAGCUUUGAUCCUUUCGAUACCGAACACAGAGACAGCGGCAGACGCGAACUCUUCAGCUUCCAUUCCUCCAAUCCACCAGAGACGCCUCUGUCCGAAGUCGCACCGUCGAUUGCAAGCAAAUCUUCCUCAUUCCGACGAUUUGCCAGUCUCACAGCGACUGUCAUACGAACAUCAUUCCAUACGCCAAUCUCAGAGAUCUCGACAAGUUACUCUCCAUCGACCAAGCUUCGCUCACGACCAGCCUCAGCUCCGCCAGCAUCUGGACCGUAUAUUCCUUUCGACCACUUUGCAGCCCCACGGACUUUGCCAAUCUUCGAGUUCACGCUUGCAGAAGAGCCUGAAGAAGCACCUGCUCCUUGUUACGAGUUAGUCAGUCCCUUGGAUCUCACCGCAUCCCCUUCCCCAUUUCUCACCGCAGAGUCACUUGGUGGUAUCUCCGCACGCACUUCAUUCAUCCCACCUUCACCAUCGUGGCUAAGUAGGAACGUUGGCAACUUCGGAACUUCUGACUUCUCGCCGAUCUCACCAGAGGCCCACCAAUCACCACUCCAGUCACUUUCACUACCGCCCCUUCCCAUUCCCCCACUCAUUACGAUCUCUUCGGCCGACUCCCCACCUCUGUCUCCGCUGGAGAUUUCUGGAGUACAAACCGAUCAAGAACUCAUCCUCUCGACGCCUAGCACCCUUGUCUCCACUUCCAUCUCUCGCCAACCCUCCAUCUCGUCUGUCUCUCAAGCCUCGACGAGGUCGCGCCGUUCCACCCGAGAUCUACGCGAGAAAGAGAAUCAGUCCCCUAAGCUGACAUGUUCUCGGACAUGCGUUAAGGCACAUAAUAUUGGACUAUCUGCAUCCUCGUUCAUCAACUCCGAUCGGAACCGCAGCCUCGUCCCGUAUAUAAGCUUACAGACAAAAUUCCCGCGAGCGGCUUCCUCAUCAUCACUAGCUCCCGCCUCGCCUAACACACGUUCCCUCGCUUCUUAUACCAGCCCUCCCCCAUACCUCCCAGAAAUCUUCAUUCCAUCUGUAGAGCAGUCUACACCACCCAACUUCGAUCUCAAACUCCCAUCCCUCCCCGAGGGAUUUAAGCUCGUCCUUGACACACUCUGUAAAGAAGCAGGUUUCUUUACAUCGCCAGUUUCUAACAUGGAUUUCGCCGGGAAGCGCAACGAUGUCGUAGACAUUGGCGGGGAUUGGGAUUACUCUGAUCGACAAUGGUUUCAAAAUCCUCCAUCGCAUCCUCCGCCGCCCCCUGUCGCAGAGCCUAUGCCUCCAUAUGUACCCUCACCCCAGGUGAUAGAGCUUAACAAAGACUUCGAGAUAGCUCUUGAUGCCGCACCUAACGUUCUAUACGGAAAAUAUAAACAAUAUGGUCAGCUAGGCGUCCUGGGGUGGUGCGCAGAGUUCAGCGAGCUUAUAGACGCACUGAAGGAUCUGGGGUUCUCCGGCAAUAUGUUUGUCACCACUCGACAAAGUGCGCUGAAAGCCUGCGAGGAUAUCCUCAAGCUGAAGCUCGAUAUCCAAAUGCAGAUAAUAGUGAUGUAUUUAUCUUCCCAGGUCGCUCGACUGCGACGCUUUCUGGACGGCGAGAAGCAGUGGGACGACUAUCCUGUUACCGAGUUCCCCAUGGACCCGCGAAACAGUUGA